GCGCGCGCGCUGUGCCGCUUCCUAUUGGCUGCGCUGGAGGAGGAGCGGCCGCGCUUAGCCACGCCCCCGGAGCGGUGGGGGCUCCGCGCGGCCGCGAUGGAGCUGGAGCAGCUGCGGAAGAGCUACCGGGGGGACAGCGAGGCGUUCGAGGAGUGUCACCUGGUGUCCCCGGAGCCCCUGGAGCAGUUCCGGGCCUGGCUGCAGGAGGCGCUGCAGUGCCCGGACAUCGCCGAGCCCAACGCCAUGUGCCUGGCCACGUGCUCCAGGGACGGGCGGCCCUCGGCGCGCAUGGUGCUGCUCAAGGGGCUGGGGCCGGACGGGCUGCGCUUCUUCAGCAACUACGAGAGCAGGAAGGGCCGCGAGCUGGACUCCAAUCCCUUCGCCUCCCUCGUCUUCUACUGGGAGCCGCUCUGCCGGCAGGUGCGGAUCGAGGGCUCCGUGCGCCGCCUGCCCGCCGAGGAAUCCGAGCGCUACUUCCAGUCCCGGCCCAGGAGCAGCCAGAUCGGGGCCCUGGUGAGCAGGCAGAGCUCCGUCAUCCCCGACCGCGAGUUCCUGCGCAGGAAGAACGCGGAGCUGGAGGAGCUGUACCGGGACAGGGCCGUGCCCAGGCCGGACUACUGGGGCGCGUACCUGCUGGAGCCGGAGGUGGUGGAGUUCUGGCAGGGCCAAUCGAACCGGCUGCACGACCGGAUCGUGUUCCGCCGGCUGCGGGACCGCGCGGCGCCGCUCGGGGCCAUGACCCACCGCGGCCACGGCGACUGGGUCUACGAGCGCCUGUCGCCCUGAGCCCGCCCGCGCUGUCCCCGGGGAAUGUCCCCAAGUGUCGCAGCCGCCCCGCGCUGUCCCUCGCUGUGCGCUGGGGAACGGCUCCGGAGCUGCCCUCGCCCCCUGGGUCCCCAAAUCCGCCUGCAGCCGCUCCCGGUGGUUAAUUAAUGGUGUUAAUGAUCGUGCAGGGUCCGGUGUGACCCCGGUGACCCCCCUGUCGCUGUCGCUGUCCCUGUCCCGCCACUGCCAGCUCUCUCUCCAUGCUUUAGCUGGGAUCGUGGAAUGUGCUCAAUUCCCUGCUCAUUACUGCUGGUGUUUAAUUAAUUUAAAUCGUGCCGUGAGACCCCAACCCUCAGCCCGUCCCCUCCUCCAGCAGCUGGAAAGGAAUAAACCAGGAUUUAUGUGGA